AUGCUCCUCCUGCUCCAUUACCCUCCACCUCGUCCAACUGCCCCACCUCCUCCACCAUCUCCACCUCCUCCACCAACCUCCCCCUGCUUCACCUCCAACCCCCUGCUCCACUACCAUCCCCCCGGCUCUAACUCCCUCCACCUUGUCCACAUGCUCCUCCUGCUCCACCACCCUCCACCUCCUCCACCACCAUCCCCCUGCUCCACCUCCCUCCACCUUGUCUACAUGCUCCUCCUGCUCCAUUACCCUCCACCUCCUCCACCACCAUCCCCCUGCUCCACCUCCCUCCACCUUGUCUACAUGCUCCUCCUGCUCCAUUACCCUCCACCUCCUCCACCACCAUCCCCCUGCUCCACCUCCCUCCACCUUGUCCACAUGCUCCUCCUGCUCCAUUACCCUCCACCUCGUCCACCUGCCCCACCUCCUCCACCAUCUCCACCUCCUCCACCCCCUCCACCUCGUCCAACUGCCCCACCUCCUCCACCAUCUCCACCUCCUCCACCCCCUCCACCUCCUCCACCACCAUCCCCCUGCUCCACCUCUCUCCACCUUGUCUACAUGCUCCUCCUGCUCCAUUACCCUCCACCUCGUCCACCUGCCCCACCUCCUCCACCCCCUCCACCUCCUCCACCACCAUCCCCCUGCUCCACCUCUCUCCACCUUGUCUACAUGCUCCUCCUGCUCCAUUACCCUCCACCUCGUCCACCUGCCCCACCUCCUCCACCACCCCCACCUCCUCCACCAUCUCCACCUCCUCCACCAUCUCCACCUCCUCCACCCCCUCCACCUCCUCCACCACCAUCCCCCUGCUCCACCUCUCUCCACCUUGUCUACAUGCUCCUCCUGCUCCAUUACCCUCCACCUCGUCCACCUGCCCCACCUCCUCCACCCCCUCCACCUCGUCCAACUGCCCCACCUCCUCCACCAUCUCCACCUCCUCCACCAUCUCCACCUCCUCCACCCCCUCCACCUCCUCCACCACCAUCCCCCUGCUCCACCUCCCUCCACCUUGUCCACAUGCUCCUCCUGCUCCACCACCCUCCACCUCCUCCACCACCAUCCCCCUGCUCCACCUCCCUCCACCUUGUCUACUUGCUCCUCCUGCUCCAUUACCCUCCACCUCGUCCACCUGCCCCACCUCCUCCACCACCUCCUCCACCAUCUCCACCUCCUCCACCCCCUCCACCUCCUCCACCACCAUCCCCCUGCUCCACCUCCCUCCACCUAGUCUACAUGCUCCUCCUGCUCCAUUACCCUCCACCUCCUCCACCACCAUCCCCCUGCUCCACCUCCCUCCACCUUGUCUACAUGCUCCUCCUGCUCCAUUACCCUCCACCUCCUCCACCACCAUCCCCCUGCUCCACCUCCCUCCACCUUGUCCACAUGCUCCUCCUGCUCCAUUACCCUCCACCUCGUCCACCUGCCCCACCUCCUCCACCAUCUCCACCUCCUCCACCCCCUCCACCUCGUCCAACUGCCCCACCUCCUCCACCAUCUCCACCUCCUCCACCCCCUCCACCUCCUCCACCACCAUCCCCCUGCUCCACCUCUCUCCACCUUGUCUACAUGCUCCUCCUGCUCCAUUACCCUCCACCUCGUCCACCUGCCCCACCUCCUCCACCCCCUCCACCUCGUCCAACUGCCCCACCUCCUCCACCAUCUCCACCUCCUCCACCAUCUCCACCUCCUCCACCCCCUCCACCUCCUCCACCACCAUCCCCCUGCUCCACCUCCCUCCACCUUGUCCACAUGCUCCUCCUGCUCCACCACCCUCCACCUCCUCCACCACCAUCCCCCUGCUUCACCUCCCUCCACCUUGUCUACUUGCUCCUCCUGCUCCAUUACCCUCCACCUCGUCCACCUGCCCCACCUCCUCCACCCCCUCCACCUCGUCCAACUGCCCCACCUCCUCCACCAUCUCCACCUCCUCCACCAACCUCCCCCUGCUUCACCUCCAACCCCCUGCUCCACUACCAUCCCCUCGGCUCUAACUCCCUCCACCUUGUCCACAUGCUCCUCCUGCUCCACCACCCUCCACCUCCUCCACCACCAUCCCCCUGCUCCACCUCCCUCCACCUUGUCCACAUGCUCCUCCUGCUCCACCACCCUCCACCUCCUCCACCACCAUCCCCCUGCUCCACCUCCCUCCACCUUGUCUACAUGCUCCUCCUGCUCCAUUACCCUCCACCUCGUCCACCUGCCCCACCUCCUCCACCAUCUCCACCUCCUCCACCAACCUCCCCCUGCUUCACCUCCAACCCCCUGCUCCACUACCAUCCCCCCGGCUCUAACUCCCUCCACCUUGUCCACGUGCUCCCCCUGCUCCACCACCUUCCACCUCCUCCACCACCGUCCCCCUGCGCCACCUCCCUCCACCCGAUCCACCUGAUCCACCUGAUCCACCUGCCCCACCUCCUCCACCACACUCACCCUGCUUCACCUCCAUCCCCCCGGCUCUAA